AAAAUCUCCAAAGGAAGAAAAAAACCAAUAUUCUGGGCCUCCGCCUCAAGUUACAAUCUUUCGAGAUCUAGUCAAACUGUAACGUUUCCUUAAACUCAAACUGCCGAUAGAAUGUUCUCCGAGGUGGUCGUGAAGAGGUAAAAGGCCCCGAGGAGAUCACGACGUAACCCGAAAAGCAUUGACCAGCUGUGGAUGCCAGGAAUAAUAGUAGACGGUGGCCGAAAGGUACGACGAGUGAGGGGUAAAGAGUCAGGGAAUGAAUGCAGAAGGAAGAAGAGAAGAAGAAGACCCCAGACAGUGCCCUCGACUCUUUGUUCCCACCGCAGUGUUGCCUUUCGGCUCUCAGUCUUACCUUUUACCGGUGCUCCAAUCCCAACGUCAAAGAACAAGCAGACAAUAUUACGAUGAAGCGACGCGGUAGGCAAGCUUGGCUGCUGCCGUUGUCACUAGUGUUGUUAGUAGGAUUCAUUAACGCUUCAGCGACACCGAGUCCAACGUCAACGGAAGUGAAGAGAAUCCCCGCAACGGAAGACCAAACUACCGAGAAACCUGAACCCCCAAAACCAUCAGGGUCCCCGCAACCGGUGACCAAUUUACCGGAAGUAACUGCGAAAGUCGCUGGAUCAGAGAAGCAAUCGAUCGACGCAAACCACCAUGAAGCUAAAUUCUCGACUUUCGCUCAUCCAAUAAGUAACCCAAAAGAAAUUUUGCUCCAGGAGAUCAAUACAUUGACAGAAGAAGCAGAGAGUGAUAAAAAACUUCAGGGUGAAUUAGCCGAAGCGGUAAAGGCUGCUGCGAAAAAAAUGCGAGCGAAGCCUCAGCCCAUCACAACACCGAAGUCCCAAACGCCAAAGCCAACAACUAUAGCCGAAGGUAAAGCUAUGAAAGAACUAGUUGACGCUGAAACUGACGUUGCUUAUGAAGAUGAUGAAGAUAAUUUAGAGAGUGAUGAUGAUGAUGAUGAUGAUGAUGACGAUGACGAUGAGUAUAAUGAGGAUGACGACGAUACCGACGACGAAGAGGAGAUUGUGAUGCCAUGCCCUGAUUAUUGUAGAUGCAGUGCACAAUACGCUGCAUCUACCACCGCAAGAUGCAGCAAACUAGUGGACAAACAGGUAUUUGGCCUUGCUGUCGCCCACUUGCGAAUAGAAAAUGCGGGCGAAAUCCAGCUAGGCCCCCACGCACUGCGCGCUCGAGAUCUCCAACAACUUGAAUCCAUCACAAUCGUACAUACUCGUAUCUCUGUCAUAGACAGAACGGCAUUCGAUGGAAUUCCUUAUCUUUUCGCUAUUAAUCUCAGCCGCAAUGGCAUCAUCGACAUCCAUCCUGAUACUUUUCAAAACAAUACUCAACUCUCUCUCCUCACCAUUUCGGGACAUCCCUUCUGGAGAAACUGGACAGUAGCCAAGGAUUAUUUCUUGGAUGCCCAGAGUGUAACAGAGCUCGACUUUUCUUGGAAUUCAAUGCCUGAUCUGCCUCCAUCUGCUUUCAAGAAAAUGCCCAAUCUGACUUACUUGAAUCUUAAACAAAAUCGUUUAGGAAAAAUUGAAAAGAAAAUCUUCGAGCCCCUGGACUCUCUGUUGGAGUUGGAUUUAUCUGGAAAUAUGUUGGAUGAUCUGCCGAGGGAUAUAUUCAAGGGCAAGGGUUUACAAACACUGCGGAUAUCAGAGAAUGCCUUCACUACUUUGGCCACAAUCAAUGCUUCAAAACUAACGUUCUUACACGCUUCCAGUAAUAAAAUUCAGACGAUCGGUAAGGAUGAUCUUGCUGGAGUUCCCUCGCUUGAUAAAUUGGUGGUUUCCUUUAACGCUAUAAAGAAAAUUCAUUCCCACGCAUUUGCUCAUCUGGAUCAGUUGACUUAUUUAGACAUAAGUGACAAUAGAUUGACGUCCAUCAACGAACAUCAUUUGAAGAACAAUCCUAGACUCCAGAUUCUGCUGAUGAGUGAUAAUCCCAGUCUCAGGUCACUCCCUGUCUUCAAAAUGAAUGGCUUGAAGUAUGAUACCUACAGUAUCUACAGAUUGGAGGCUGCUAACUGUGGAUUGGAGCACAUAAAACCUGAAACUUUCAAUACAAUGCCAGCCUUAACGAGUCUCAAUUUAGCAAAAAAUAAGCUCACCGGACUUCCCAACGGGCUAUUCGAGCCUCUUAGUUCGUUAAGGGAACUGGAUCUCUCCGAAAAUGAUAUCACCACCGUACCAACUGGCAUGUUACGUGGCGCUUCAACCUUGAACAAGUUGAAUUUAGCUGGAAAUCCCCUAGUCGCUCUCCAGGUGACUCCAUUUUUGCAGUCACCAGGAUUAUCUAGAUUGGAUGUUAGUAAGUGUCAGCUGCGAAGAAUUUGGAGUGAAGCGAGACAACCGCUCAAGUCUAUUAGAUUUUUAUCGGUUCGUGGGAAUCAACUGGAAAGAAUAACGGUAGAAGAGUUGAAGGCAAUGCCGAAGCUGUCUGGUCUUGAUACCUCGAUGAACCCAUUGGUCUGUGACAAUGAAUUCGUUGAAGCAAUUCAAUGGCUAAGCAGUCACGGUGUCACCCCAAUGGAAACUUUGAAAUAUAUUAGCAAUAUUAAAAAUGGGGAGUAUGCAGAAGCUGAGGGGGUUACGGAAUGGAGCGAUUUAGCGAAGACUGUCUGCAGCGAUGAGUUUGAUGGACCACCUUCUAGGCUUCCAAAGAAAGCAUCUGUACUUAAACCUGUUGAUAAUAUAUUUUCUGACGACACUGAUGAUGAAGAGAAUUCUGAACUCUCUAAACAGGAUUUGGAGGCUGACAUCGCUAAACUUAAUACUCUCGACCACGGACAAAAAAUUGAUGAACUUACUGAGGACGCGUGGAAUGAACUCGAUAAAACAGAAGAGUACCGAGAAUGGUAUGUACCUGAGGAGAGUCAUGUGUGGUACGAUGGUGUCUUCUGGCCGGUGUUGAUUUUUGGUUUUGGCACUGUGGCAAUUCUACUCAUAGUCCUCCAAUUUGCACGAUUCCUUGCUAACCGUCGUGGCCGUGGUCCAGUCAUCCGACCACCGCUUCUUCUUCGUCAGGGCCUCAUUGAUAAUAAAAACUGUGGUCUUGUAUACAAACCCCUCCAGGAAGAAAUUCCAACUCCGCACAAGCCAAAACGCGGCAGCUUUUAUUCUAGCAGUACCUUUCAUUACGAUAAAAUCGUACCAGAAAGUGUUUAACAGUUCUAAAUACCAUAACUAAUCCAGAAAUGCAUAUUUUGAAUAAUUCCUUACGACAAAUUGAUUGUUAUUUUUAAUUAUUUUAUCCAGCCAGUGGAACAAAAUUGGCGUGAAAAUGAAUGAUUCACCGCGAUGAGAUGAUUGUAAUCAUGCAGAGGAAUUUUUUUAUUCAAAAGCGAAGCAAGGGGAUUGUUUUAAAAUAUUUGAUAAAACUUUUCAAGUUUAUGAAGCUAUUUUUAGCACGUACUUUGUGGAUUACAUUUUUUUUAAUCGAGAAUUAUUUUUUGUUUUAACAUGAAAAUAAAAUAAACUUCAGUGCAUGUACUCAUAAAAAUUUUAAAAUUCAUAAUCCUCAUUCAACAAAUUAAUCGCCUUACUAGAGCAUUGUUUGCCAUUGCGCCUUACUUAAAAAAUUAUAAUAUUACACAAUACAGCAAUUGUUAUACUAAGCAAGUAUUCGAACAUUAUUUGAUUGAAGCUAAGGCAUUUGUAUUCAAUAAAAUAUAAGAAAUGUGUUGAAGCACUUGAACUUACUCCGUUAUGUUAGAUGUACGUUAACUGCUUCACAUUAUCUACUGUAAAUAAUAAUGACUAAUAAUAACUUGAAUGAAAAUGGAGAUAAUAGAUAUUAUGAUAUAAUAAA